AUGUUCGGGGCGUUCAGGGCAACACAGCCAAGUCUUAGCGGCCUCCUCUGGAAGGUCCCGUGGAAGUUGUCGAGUACUCGCAAAGCUAAUGCCAGGACACGACUGAAGAGGGUGGACGCAGUCAUCGAGGCAGUCAGGGCAAGUGGGGUUGAAUGUGCUUCUCUCACGAAAGCUCUGCAGCUCCCCAAAGAGCAUGAAAUGGCACCCAGGGACAAAUACACGGUCUUCACUCGGCACACAAGGGGCUACCGGAAGGGCAUCCACAAGGUUCCCAAGUGGACUCGGCUGACUUUGCGGCAAAGCCCUGUGGGUUUCUGA